UGUUCAGGUAAAAGGAAGAGAGGGAGGGACUGAUCAGGCCAGAGAGGAAGGAGAGGAGGAGAAAGCCAACAGAAACCAAAGAUGACUGUGUGAAGCAAAAUGGAUCCAACCAAGCCCAGCCUGUCCCCGAAAAUGCCUUAUGUAAACAACGAAGGACUUGAAUCAGUAAUGAAAGAGAUGCUUCAGAGACAAAACAGCUUGAAUGGAGAGAAACCAAAGGAUGCAGAAAGCAGAGAGACAGAUUUUGUUGAUGGACUGACAACAACUUUAGAGAUAUCCCGCCGCAGGGGGUCUGCAGACAAAAACAAAUACAGCACGAUUGGCUACCAGAGGAAACCCAGGCAAAAGGUUGUGACUGACUUUGCAACUCUGAGUAAAGGAUCAUCUUCGGGAUCCAAAUCCAGAACGCCGCUUAAGCAGGUGUUUAGUGUGGUCAACCAGGGAGUGUCUGAGAAAACGUCUGAGGAAAGAGGUCAGUUGGAUUUGUUGGUCAAAGACCUGGAGGCUUUUGCUGUUCCUGCCAGCCUGAAAUGGAUUUGGAAAGAAGAAAGCCAGGGUACAACACUGGAAAACAGCUGGACAGACUUAGUGAAGUCACACUCACAAAUGGCAAAAAAGCAGAGACACCAACAGGCGGCGCUGUGGGAGUUUGUACAGACUGAGCUUAUCUACAUCAACAAGCUGAAGAUCAUCAAAGACGUGGUUAUUGCUGCUCUGGUCAACCUGAACCAGCAUGACUUACUCCAGGAGGUGACCCCCGAGCUGUUGUUCUCCAACCUACCCUCCAUCCUGCAAGCUCAUCAGCUGUUCUGGCAGGAGGUGGUUUAUCCCAUGUUACAUCAAGUACGAACAACAGGCAAACCUUUUGACCCCAUGAGGUUGGAAGCCGGUUGCCUGCAGUUCCAUGAACGCUUCUCUGUCUACCAUCAAUACUGCUGGGAAGAGGAAAGCAACCUGGAGUUCACACGCAGGCAACUGGAGAGCAACCCCCAUUUCAUUGCUUUUGUGCAGUGGGUGGAAAAACACCCUCAGUGUGAGCGAAUGAGGCUUGGAGAUAUGCAAGCCAAACCACAUCAGAGGAUCACAAAGUAUCCCCUGCUGCUCAGAGCUGUGCUCAAAGAAACCCAGGAGCAUCGUGUUCAGCAGGCCCUCAAAGCAAUGUUAACCACUGUAAACAGUUUUUUAGAAAGUAUCAAUGGCUUCAUGCAGCUGAAAGAUGAGGAGCUGGCUCUCUCUAUCUCUGCAGAGAGGCUGGAGGGAUAUGAGGUGGAGGGAAUUAAUGAAGAAGUCGACAAGGUCGUCCGGGACGUCUGUCGGUUUGACCUGAGAUAUCCCAUUAGAGGAGUGGGUCCUAAUGUGGUACGUAAGCUGCUCCUGGAGGACAACCUGAAGCUACGAGGCAGAAAGGACAGCAAGGUGGAAGUGGUGGCUCUUCUGUUUUCAGAUGUUCUCCUUCUGACUAAAGUGCAGAAAAAAGCGGAGCGACUGAAAGUCGUUCGACCACCUCUGGCACUAGACAGAACACACUGCGACUCAUUGAAAGAUGGCUACUCCUUCGUUCUGGUGGAGGUGGGUGAGCUGCAGUGCAUGAUGAAUGUUUUCAUCCUUGUGACCAGCACCCCAGAAUGUUGUUCCAAAUGGGUCAAAAGCAUCCAGAGUGCGAAGGAGGAACUGUUGAGCCUGAGAAAGAAAGAAGACAACAGGCUGGACAACGUUAGGUUACAUCAGCUAGAGUCCAAACCUGCUCAAGACAUCAAGAAUGAUGACAUGGAGAUAGAGGAACAGCCCCUCAAGCCAUUAAAGCAGAGAAGCCUUAUGGAGGAACUUAACGAUAAAAUAAACAAGCAGUCGUUUAAUGGAUCCGAGGAAGCAAAUCAGAAUCAUCCAUCAGAUCAGUUGUCUCCAAACAACUCUGGACUGCCACCUAUGUACCCAAAGCAGGGCAGCAACACACAGAAUUCAGUGCGUAAGAACAUCCCGACUCGCCAGCCAGCAUUUAAACAGGAAUGGAUAGAAAUGGGAACAAGGAAAGGACUUGCUAGGAAACCAUUGGAGGAAGAUGGGAAAAUAGUUGAGACUCAGUUGACAAACAAUCAAAGUACAAUGUGGAAACACAGGGGGGAUUUGGUUUCUAAAUCAGUCAAUCAUUUCACUCCAAUUGAAACUGCAGGUCAAGGAAGAUACAACCCUCCUAGACAACCAAGACGUCUAAUAGAUGAACUUCCAGAUGUUGACUACCCCACAGAUGAUGAGACUACUUUACAAGUUCCUCAUGAACCAAUAAUCAUGUCUAGGCAGCAGUUUGUAAGACCACCUGUAGAAACACAAAUAUUAAAAAGAAGCAACUCAGAUAUGCAACUCACGACACAGGACACCAGGAAAAACUCUGUCUCCAGUCAUAUUGGAGAUGCAGAAACUCCCCCUGACACUGCUGGCUUCCCCCAAAACUUAAAAUCUCCUGGGUUACGGAAGAGAAGGCCAGGCAGCACCAAUCAGGGCCCUCCGACUCCAACAUCCAAGCAGUUCCUGCAAGAGCCAACUCAAUCUCUGGCUGCUCCAAGCAGUUAUUUGAAUUCAGACACUGAAAACAGCUUAAACCCAAAGAGAAACUCUCUUCCUGCUAGGUUUAACUUAGACCCCCAACGAGGGGUCAGUCCAAUCCCCCAGAGGUCCACCAAAAGCAAGACUCCAAAUCCACCCUUGAAGUACUCAUCGGACAUUGAAGCCUUUUCUGAAUCUGAGCUCCCAGAAAUGAAAUUCCAGAACAUAAAGCCCAAAUUUAAAGACUUCAGGAGUUCCUCCAGUCCUAACAUGCUAAGCAGAGAAGGGCAGGGACCUCGUAGACCCUCUGAUAGCUUGUACACAUCAACCAAAGAGGAAGAACGUCCCAGCUCAGGAUACAACCCAAAUGAGCACACUUCACGUGUUGAGGGAGUUUUGGAAAGAGCCAAAGAAAGGGCAAAAGAUAAAGGUGGAAUAAAAAAAGACAAGCAAGCAAAUGCAACCAGUCCAAAGUCAAGAUACCUGCGUCCUUCCUCCCCAUUUUACAAUGCCCCGUCGCCCACACCCAGCGAGGGAGGUAAUGAAACAGAUGUGGAGGAGGUGGCACUGAUCAGACCCACAGUCCUCACAGUGAGUGCAGGAUGGAAGGAACAGCUGGUGGACGGAGAAGAGGAUGACAAAAGCAGCAGUAAUACCCCUUUAAAUGGCGUAAAUGUGGACUGGACAGGCUGGUGCUUCGAUGACGACGAAGUCAUGGAUCACAUUGCUCCCAGAGGGGAAGGACUUCUGGAGGGAAUCAGCCGAGUUUUGCCUGACUGGGGUUUCAUUGAAGGUCAAGAGCAAGACGAUGGAGAAUACAGUCAGGUGUAAAUCUGGAAAAAGACCCUCAGUGAGCAAUACAAAGUCAGUCCUGUUAAAUUAGCUCAAGACCUGGCAGUGAGAAUGAAAUGUUUAGCUAAAGAAUAAAAAAGCAGGAAUGCAGAUUGAUAAGUAUGAGUUAUGGUUGCACUAGCAAAUGCAAAAAAUGUUUCUUCAGUAUCAAAAUUUAUGAGCAAAGCUAAUUUGUAAAAUAUUGUAAAAUAUUCAGAAUCAUGAAUAUACUGUAAAUUCUGCAAUUUUAUAUUGUGAUUUAUAUCAUAUUUUAUUUAUAUCACCCACAUCUUCUCUUUUAGCAGGAGAAUUCUGUACAUUAGAAAUAAAAACAACUUUAUUUC